AAACCCAUUAGAACUUUAAGUCUCAGUCUCCGUGUCGCUCACGGUUAAAUCGAUUGAUUCUCUAGUUCUUCUACCAGUUCUCAAUCAAAUCUCUCAAAAUGAAGCAUCUCGCAGCCUACCUCCUCCUCGGCCUCGGUGGCAAUGACAGCCCCUCCGCCGACGACAUCAAGGCUGUCCUCUCCGCCGUUGGAAUUGAAGCCGACGAGGAGCGCCUGAACACCCUGCUCAGCGAGCUUAAGGGCAAGGACCUCAACGAGCUCAUCGCUGCCGGAACCGAGAAGCUCGCUUCCGUUCCCUCGGCCGGUGCUGCUGCUCCUGCUGCGGGUGGUGCUGCCGCUGGCGGCGCCGCUCCUGCUGAGGCGGCCAAGGAAGAGGAGAAGGAGGAGGAUAAGGAGGAGUCCGAUGACGAUAUGGGAUUCGGGCUGUUCGACUAAGCGUUGGGUGGAUUUGCUUUGCAAUGCAUUUUCUACGGAUCACUGGUGUCAUUCCAAAGGGGGCAUGGAUCAAUGGAUACAAAUGCACUCGGACAAGGAAAAGGACGGCAUAUCAACUGAGGGAUGGGCUGUCAACGGUCAAUUGCUCUGCUUGAGCUGCUAAUCUUCACAUUUUCAAUGAUGACCUAUAUCGUACCAUCUGCACCGAGAAGCCACAACCGGUUGACCAAUUCGAAAAUAAAAGGCACAUUAGCUUCA